ACCGACUCAAUCUCAGUAUAUAUCCUAUAGUAACAAACAUGGCUCAUCAAAUGUGCAUGGUGUGUUUGGACGACUUUGAAAAUUUUGCAGCUAAACAUUUGAAUAAGAAAGCUUUUGACUAUUAUCGGAGUGGAGCUAAUCAAGAACAAACUCUACGAGAAAAUAUAGAAGCAUUUAGAAGGCUCAAGCUUCGGCCUCGUUUUCUAAGAAAUGUUUCUUGUCGCGAUCUUAGUACGACCAUUCUGGGUCAGCCAAUUAGUUUUCCUGUGGGCGUGGCCCCCACGGCUAUGCAAAAAAUGGCUCAUCCAGACGGAGAAGUCGCCACUGCUCGGGCCGCUGCUGCUGUUGGAACUGUUAUGACAUUGAGUACAAUAGCUACGUCGUCUAUUGAAGAGGUAGCCGAAGCGAAUCCUAACGGGUUGCGAUGGUUUCAAUUAUACAUAUAUCGAGAUCGAAAAGUGACAGAAGAACUAGUUAGGAGAGCUGAGAAAGCUGAAUAUCGUGCUUUAGUUCUGACUGUUGAUACUCCAGUGUUUGGAUUACGGCUUGCUGAUGCCCGAAACAAAUUUUCUCUACCACGUCACUUGAGGAUGGCUAACUUUGAGAAAUUAGAUAUAAAGUCCAACAGGGUUCAAGAGGCCGAAAAGGAAUCGGGCUUAAACGAGUAUGCUGCUUCCCUGUUUGAUCCCUCCAUCACGUGGAAAGACCUCUCGUGGCUGAAAAGAAUAACAAAACUUCCUCUGGUAGUCAAGGGGAUUCUUACUGCUGAAGAUGCCAUGUUGGCCUUGGAACAUGGAGCUUCCGCGAUAUUGGUGUCAAAUCAUGGAGCUCGGCAACUUGACGGAGUACCUGCAUCUGUAGAAGUACUUCCGGAAAUAGUUCAGGCUGUUUAUGGGCGUUGUGAAAUUUAUCUGGACGGAGGUGUUAGAACCGGAACUGACGUACUGAAAGCUUUAGCACUUGGAGCACGUGCUGUCUUUGUAGGAAGACCACUGUUGUGGGGAUUGGCUUACAACGGAGAACAAGGUGCAAUCCAGGUACUACAGAUAUUAAAAAAAGAACUGGACUUAGCAAUGGCCUUAGCUGGCUGUUGCAGAAUUAGUGACAUCACCUCAGCCUUAGUUGUCAAAAGCACGUUCUACUCUAAACUCUGAAAGUUUUUUAAAGGAAGCAAAGAUUUGAACUUGAUCGCCAUAAUAUGAAAAAUUACAGUCAAAUGGGAAAGAAAGCGUAUACUGAACUGAAAAUUAUUACAUGAAAGUGUUUUGAAGUACACAGGCGAGUUUUUUGACGUAUAAGCAUCAUAUAUAAGGAAAUUGAAAAAUAUUUUAUUAUAUUUUGUGAUUUAAAAACCAUUGAAGUAGUUGCUUGUUUUCUAAGGAAAGUAUAUACUUUAACUAUAGGUGCAUAUAAAAUCAUGAAACUCACUGUAACUGUCUGACAAGCUCGUUUUCCUCGAAAUAAAAAAAAAAU